AUGACGCGGACUGCGCAACGGCUUCCCGUCCCUUCCCCCUCCUUCCCGCCGUCCCUACGCAGGUGCGCGGCGGACAUGAAAGUAGUCAGGAUUGAGGCUAUUGAGGUGCGCACGGACGCGGAGCUGCGGUCGGUUCAGGCGCUCAUCAUUCUUGUCCCUCUCCCCCCGUCCCCCCCUCCCUCCUCCCCUUCCGCAGCGCUGCGCAGGUGCGCAGCAGACAUGAAGGCAUUAACCAUUGAGGCGGUUGAGGUGCGCACGGACGCGGAGCUGCGGGCCCUGCGCAGGUGCGCGGCGGACAUGAAGGCGUUAACCAUUGAGGCCGUUGAGGUGCGCACGGACGCGGAGCUGCGGAGUGUGCAGGCGCUCAUCAUUCCCGGCGGGGAGAGCACCACCAUGGCCAACCUCGCCCAGCGAUGCGGACUGCUCGGCGCGCUGCAGGAUUUCGCAGCCUCUGGGCGGCCGGUGUGGGGGACGUGCGCCGGACUCAUAUUCCUGGCCAACAAGGCGCUAGGUCAGAAGUCGGGAGGGCAGGCGCUGCUGGGGGGACUGGACUGCACCGUGCACCGCAACUUCUUUGGCAGCCAGAUCAACAGCUUCGAGACUCUCCUUCCGUUCCCGCACCACACCCUUCAAUCCAUCUCCACAGCAACACCAUCAUCAGAAGCAUCAGCACCCUCCCAGGCACACCCAUCCCUCUCUCAACCCUCUCCUGACGCCACUCCCGCCACUCCCUUUCGAGCUGUGUUCAUCCGAGCCCCUGCCAUCAUCCACACCGGCCCUGCUGUUGAGGUGCUCGCGGAGUACCCUCUUCCCAACCGUGCCUCUGCCGUCGCCGCACCUGCUGCCCCGGCCGCACCUGCGGGCGCUGGUUCGGCCGAGCCUGCAGCCGCUGCUUCGACCGUGCCUGACCAGAGCGGCCAGGAGCUUUCCGAAGCUGAAAUUCUAGCGAAGUUGGACCGAGUGGCAGUGGCGGUGCGGCAGGGCAGGCUCCUAGCCACGGCAUUCCACCCAGAGCUCACAGCCGACCUCAGAUGGCACCGCUUGUUCCUUCAGAUGAUUCUCGACGCACUCCAGUCCUCUCCAGACCUGGCUGUGGCCCAAGCCUCUUCUGCAGGCUCGGCAGGCAAUUCCGGUGCCAGCAGUGUGCCGAAUGUGGACCCAGGUGACCUGCCAGUAUUUGGUUCGGCACCGGACUUAAAAAUUGAGCUCAAGCCCGUGCCUCAGUUGUAG